AAAAUAUGUAUACAGUAUUUAGUGAAUGAAUUGUGUUGCUCUACAAAAAAAAGCAAAUUAGCAAUAAUUUUAGAGAUAUGGUCAAUAGAAAAAUUCCACAACUUAGUGAAAGUUCCCCAUGGAAACGUGAAUAAUGUGUUCCACAAAAAUCCGCAACAAAGUGGAGACCGCGGAAAUGUGAAACGCAUAAAACGGGGGAGGUCAUUAUGUUACUAGAAGUUCUUGGUACUAGGUAUAAACCCUGACUGGUCUGAUCUUCAGUUAAUUUAAGAGUGCGAGUACAAGUAAACAUGGAUGGUUAAGAUGAAAUAGUAGCAUCUGACAGGAAAAAGAGGAAGCCACAAACUCAUUUGUGUGGUGAGUACUCCUCUUAUAAAUCUUGUUUAUUGUGAGAUAGGCUCUAAUCUUGGCUGCUGAGACACACUAGGCUACAUUCCUUACAAGCUAAACGUUUUGCAUAUUUCUUUUAAAUGAAUCAGGUUUGUAUGUUCGUUGGCUGAUAUUCAUACAGAAGCUGUCUUCUGUUAAAUUUUAUAAGUUAUAUUUGCAACAUUGUAGAUUAACCUGCUUUUUUUUUACAUCUGUUCAACAGAACACGAGCAUUUUUCCCACAGACGAACAGAAUGCACGGUUCUUUAUGCCAUUCUAUUUUGUUUUCCAGAGAUUUUCCUUUUGGACCAAUAGAGAAACUGACAUUAUUUGGAAUACACUUUCUUCCCUAUGGUCAGAAGUGUUUUUUUAUGAGUCUUUUUCAUUGCAUUGUUGUUUUUAAAUGUUACAUUAACUCAAGUUCUUAAAGAGAUGGGCAGUUCUUUAUAAUUACGUAUUAUUAUUAUUCAGAAGAUGAAACCUAUUCAUAGAGGAAGAAGCCCACAGGGGCCGUUGACUUAUAAUUCAAGCUUCCAAAGGAUAUGGUGUUCAUCAGGAAGAAGUAAGAGGAUGUAUUGGGAAAUAAUACAGAAAGAAGAGAUAAAAGAAGUGAUACAAUUCUUCAUGCUAAAAUCCCAUAGUGCAUGUUUUAUUACAGCUAAAUCAUGAUCUCAUGAACAUCACAUGUCAAUGGACCUGAUUGCAAAACGCCCUGUCAUUUUCUUUGAAUUGGGAAAAUCUAUUCAUUUAGUUGCUGAAGAGAACCAACACCUUUUCACCAUGAUCUUCAGGAGACUAAUUUAGACAUUUUACUAUUUAGACCUUAUUAAUUCCAUUUUUAAUUUUCUUAAAAGAAAACUAUUGUACCUGUUUUGCCUGUCUGUCCGCACUUUUUUCUGUCUGCCCUAAGAUCUUAAAUACUACUGAGGCUACAGGGCUGUAAUUGGUAUGUUGAUCCUCUACCCUCCAAUCAUCUAACAAACCAAAAUGCAGCCCUCUAGCCUCAGUAGUUUUUAUUUUGUAGUAGUUUUUAUUUUAUUUAAGGUUAAACGUAGCCAUAAUCGUGCUUCUGGCAAUGCAACAACACUGGCUGCCUGAGCUAGCUGAGUUUCAUGGGCCCCGGCUCAUACUACAGUAUACCCAGACCACCUAAAGAUAGAUUUAUUUUUGGUGGCCUUCAUUUUGUGCAGUGUAGAAAACUAUUGCGCCAAAGAAACUUCAUUGCCUUUUUUUACCUGUUUAUUUUGAUAUCCAAUAAAAUAUUGCUUAAUUACCUUGUGUACUAUAUAAAAUAUUACUUUAAUAACCUUGUGUACUAUGUAGACAUAUACUGUAAGUAUGUAUAGGGCUCCAAAGGUGGCAGAAAGUCUGAUUUUUAUUGUAAUACUCCGAUAUUUAUAUCCUUUUUCAUCCUUCAGCUGAGCUUACAUGUGAAUUUAGUCGUGAUGAAGUUCUCGUUGAAAAUCUUGUGGAGAGAUCUGAUGCCAAUACCUGGAUCUUUAAUGCCACUAUGACUACAUCUACUGCUACUUCUGCAACCGUAACAACUACUCCAUUUGACUUCUUUAACAACUACUGAUACAACUACACCCACCACAACCCCCACUACUAAUGAUACUUCAACUUCAACCACCAUGACCCCAGCUACAACUGAAGUAAAAACUUGCCCAUCGGGCUUCCAGACAUUUAAUGGUUCCAGUUAUUGCUUUUGCUGGAAUAAGCAGUCAUGGAGAACUGCACAAAGUGAUUGCAAAGGACUUGGCAGUGAGUUGGUCAAGAUAACAAGCAAUGCAGAGAAUGAUUUCAUUGGAAAUAAAAUAGUAGAUCAGCAUCACUGCUGGAUUGGACUGAAUGACAUAGACACGGAAAACAGCUUUAAAUGGUCUGUGGAUAACAGCAGUAUUCAAGACAAUGGCAAUUAUUCAAGCUGGGCAGGCAGCCAACCAGACAAUGACAGUGGACAAGACUGUUAUGUCUGCAAAAUCCCAGCCUCAUAGUUUGGCCUUAAGAUAGUAGAGCAGCUGUGCCUCUUCAGGGACAGUUCCCAGCAACUAGCACAUAAUUAUUGCAGUCUGCACUGAACACAACAGGAUGUCAUGAACUGACCCUCCUACAGGUGUAACUUAACAAUGGAGGAUAAUAAGAGGAGGACAUUUAUACAAAAAUAGUAUUCUGUUUACAUUCUGGUCAUUGUUGAUAAUUAUCUUGAGUGGAAAGUUCCUGUUUUCCUGAGAUACUGUGAGUUGCACACAAGUUGCUGCUGUUUUGCUCUCUAGUUCCACAAUCAAAUUGCAGAUCGAUUUGGUCAGCUGAGUUGAGUAAGUAGCCAAGGUUUUAUCAACUCAGAGGGGAUUAGGGAGCACCAUUUACCUCUUUUUAGUGGUUAAAGUUUGUGAUGAUAUAGUUAAAUCACAGAAAUUAAAGGAUUGAUUUUAAAAGCUAAUUAUGACCAUUUUAACUUGAAGAAGACACUUAGCUUCACAGAGCUUAAUAGUAUAUGUUGCUCUUGUAUGCACUUAAAAAAAGGAUUGCACUUUUAAAUGAAUUUCCACAAAUGACAAAAUCCUGAGGCCAACAGAAAAUCACGGAAGACGAAUUGUCACCCAAAGAUUCGUUUAUCAUGAGGUAUGACCGCCUGAUUUUGUAGAAAAUGCAAAUAGUAUCUAGCAAAGUUUCUGCUGAGAACACCACACCAGUCUGAAGAAUUUCCUGACAAUAGAUAAGUGUUUUAGAUGUGACUGUGUGUGAAUUUAUACACUUUUGAGAAUGAAGAAGAUGGAUGUGAACAGCUUGAGCCCCCCUUUUUUUUAUUAUUAUUAUCUCACUGUGUUUUGUUAGAAAUAGGGAAAAUGAUUAUAGCCUAACCUCUUUGGACUGCGAUAUUCACAGAAGCAAUGAGAUUGCAUUUAUGUGGGCUUCAACACUUAAGUUAAGAAAUCGGUGUUCACAUAAUAUUUUGUGGGCAUUACUGGCAAUAUAAUCCUGAAUAUAUCCAUGAAGAAAUAAAUAUUAUUAGGAAAAUAUAUAAGGGAUUAACACUUUCUAAUAUUGUAUUAGACAAUGCAAUGAGAUUGGCAGAAUAAAGGACUUCUUACAGUGAUAAAACAGAAACAUCUCGCACGAACAAUAUUCUUGUAUCAGAAUUACAUGAAAGACAUUUUUUAUGAAAUUGCUGCCCACGGGAGGGCAUUAAUUUCAUUAAAAAAAAACUAAUAAAGAACUAUGAUGACAGUCCCAAGAAUGUGCACAAUCAAAUCCAAUGUAAUUCUUAUGAUAAAUUCCGUGUGGAUCAAAAUGGUACAAAAUGGUACAUCACUGGAAAAGAGAAUUAAGCAGCAUCAAAGACUUAAAGAUAUAUACAGAGUAUGUGCAAUUUUUUGCUCAUGUUAAGAGAUAAUAAUCAUGAUAUCAACUGGAGACAUAAUAAAAACAUUCCUGUACUAAUUAAAUGUUAAGACUUAAAUUAAGUUAGUUUAUAAAAGAGAGUUUAAUAAGAAUGUUUAAAUAUCAGCUUAAAGAUGUAUAAGUUUUGAUCCACAUUUCCACAGAAAUAUGUGAAAGGUAAAGAUUUUAAUGAUUGUAGUUAAGUCUGGUCCAAAUAACAAGAAAUUAUAUGAUUGUUAUUUUCCUACAAUAAAUAAUAUCUGCAUUUGGUCUCUAGCGAAGAGGAUUUAUGAAUAGCACACCCCUCUCUCAGUCUAAGAAGCUCCGCCUACUCUUCGCAGUUGUCAGCUACCUUUUUUUUUUUUUUUUUUUUUUUUUACACCAGUCCUUUGGAAGCUGCCUUGAUACAUGAAGCCGAGCAAGACCUUAUCCUAUGUUUCUUUUAUCCUUGUGGUAAUUUGUUUUCAAACUUCACUUGUUCCUGUCAAAAUAAAUAGUGCCCCAGUUUUGCCUUUUAUCAUUUUCCACAGAUGCGAGAGCUGGAGUUUAUUGGUCAAAAUACAAUAUUGUUGCUCUGUCAAUUUAUUUGUCUCUUUUACGAAUCUUUUACCUGCCAGUCUUUUUAGCAGAGAGAAAUGCAACAAGGUGGAGGAAGUCGAAGGGCGAGGUAUAGCCAUGUGUGCCAUGAGAAGAGAUGAAAAUUCAUGAAUGACUACUAAGGAGGGAUAGUAGAAAGAAAGUAUAAAAGUAAGGAAGUGAGGGGGACAGUAAAAAGUAAGAAAAUGUUAACGUUAAGAGUAGUAAGGAUCAGGAGGAAGGAAAAUUCAAACAGGAGAAGAUGGA